AUGUGUAUAGUCUAUUCAACUUAAGUGGCAGGCAUUUUAUAUGUCUACAAUAAAAAUCUGCCUAUUAUGUUUACUCAUAAAAUAUUUUGGAUUAUUUGUCUAAUUACUAAUCUAAUUUAAGCAAUAUUGAAUUUGAUAAACAAUUAUGAUGAAUUUGACAUCAUAAGUAAUAUAGUAUUAUAUUUAAUUAUACUUGUUCAAUUCAUUCUAAAUAUUUUUAGUUUUUUUAUUAGAAAAUAGGAUAAGUUUGAAUUUGAAGAUAUCUCAGGACUUGCAAUGAAUGUUCCCGAUUAUUAAGACAGUAGAGAAUAAAUGAUACCUAUUUAAAAUAGUUUUAUUGGAUUAACAUCUGCAGUUUCUUAGUUUAAAUGUAUUAUACAUUUUAGUAAGAGUUGGAAAAUAGUUUAAUAAAAAGAUGGACAAAUUGAUGCUGUAAUAACGUUGAAAAUAUUUUUGUCUAAUCCAAAUAAACAUUAUCAACUUAAAAAGUCUAUUCAUGAUUUUGUUAUGCUUGAAGGAAUACUUUAAUAAGAAGAUAAAUUUGGAUUUGAAAUUUAUAAAUUGCCAAAUGACUUUUUUCAUCAUGGACCUGACACUCAUUAAAUGUUUAAUGAGAAAAUAAGUAUUAUUAAGAUUUGGCUCAGACAAAUAAUUUCUAAAAUAGAAUAUUUGACUCCAAGGAUUUUUGAUUUUUUAGAAUUUGAUGAUGCAACUAGGUUUUGUAUAAUGAAGGAAUAAAGAAAUAAAAGUAACUCGGUUGAUCAGAAUAAUUGA